UGUACAAACAUAAGCAGCAAGCUGUAGAUGCUAAUAGGUGGCCUAGACAGGCAAACUGGCCCCAAAUUGGAAGCGAUUUAAAAAAAAAUGAGGUGAAAAGCCUGAGAAAAAAGGGGAAGGCCGGGAGUGUGGGUAGCUGUCACUUUUCUUAUGACACUUACUUUUUCCUCCGUUGGAUCGUUCCUUAUCUCUUUCCUUUUUUGCUCUUCAGAUAUUAUUCUCAGUCAAUGUGUAUAUAUUUUUUCAUACCUUCAGCGUUCCAUCUCUCUCUACCAUUUGAGUUUAAAUAGGUUUUUGAAAGACUGAACAACAUUCAGGACCCAAAGUAACAGCUUUAACUGAAGCGCUUACACGCACCGAGAGACGUCGAUUCAUCAGUGUGAAUUAAUCUCCAUGUGCCCACCUGAUGGGCUUCUUUCCCCGUCACAAAAGAAACAGGCUUUCUGUUUGCACGACUUGGAGGCGACCCCUGCUUUUCCCUCGCUGCCCAUCAGUCGGCGCCUUUUGCCGUCCUUUUUUCCCGAGCCAGCUCUGGGGGCCGUGGUCGCUCGGCAGCUAGCGGGUCACAUGGCCUGCCCGAGCGAGGGGAGCCCCGCGCCGGAGCUGCGCGGCGGGAGGCGGUGAGGCUCCGGCGCGCGCCCACACCGCGAAGUGCCAGCUCCUCCCCGGCUCCCGCGAUGGCGCCUCGGCCGGGAUCAGCCUGCCAGCCGGCCCGGGCGACACGAGAGGCUGCCCACGGCGUGCGCCAGGGACAGAUCUGACCGCUCUCAUCCGGUUUUACUUCCGAUGAUUCUGGCCUAAGCUCCAGGAUGAUUUGUUCUUGGGACCAGACAUGACCAGAAGUUAAACUCAUGAGCACUUCAACCUCUCCAGCUGCCAUGCUCCUCCGGAGGCUCAGACGACUCUCCUGGGGCAGCACUGCUGUUCAGCUCUUCAUCCUAACGGUGGUGACAUUUGGCCUGCUGGCACCCUUGGCCUGUCACCGGCUUUUGCACUCUUACUUCUAUCUGCGCCAUUGGCAUCUGAACCAAAUGAGCCAAGAGUUCCUGCAGCAAAGCCUGAAGGAGGGCGAGGCUGCGCUCCACUACUUUGAGGAGCUGCCCUCUGCCAACGGCUCAGUGCCCAUUGUCUGGCAGGCCACCCCCCGGCCUUGGCUGGUGAUCACCAUCAUCACUGUGGACAGGCAACCCGGCUUCCACUAUGUCUUGCAGGUGGUGUCUCAGUUCCACCGGCUUCUUCAGCAGUGCGGCCCCCAGUGUGAGGGCCACCAGCUCUUCCUGUGCAACGUGGAGCGGAGUGUGAGCCAUUUUGAUGCCAAGCUGCUCUCCAAAUAUGUCCCCGUGGCCAACCGCUACGAGGGCACUGAGGAUGAUUAUGGCGAUGACCCCUCGACCAACUCUUUUGAGAAAGAGAAGCAGGACUAUGUCUAUUGCCUGGAGUCAUCCCUGCAGACCUACAACCCGGACUAUGUCCUGAUGGUGGAGGACGAUGCCGUUCCAGAAGAGCAGAUCUUCCCAGUCCUGGAGCACCUCCUGCGGGCUCGCUUCUCUGAGCCACACCUCCGAGAUGCCCUUUAUCUAAAGCUCUAUCACCCCGAGAGGCUCCAGCACUACAUCAACCCGGAGCCCAUGCGCAUCCUGGAGUGGGUCGGUGUGGGCAUGCUGCUGGGGCCCUUACUCACCUGGAUCUACAUGAGGUUCGCGAGCCGCCCAGGGUUUAGCUGGUCCGUCAUGCUCUUCUUCUCCCUGUACAGCAUGGGCCUGGUGGAGCUGGUGGGUCGGCACUAUUUCCUAGAACUGCGGCGGCUGAGUCCUUCUCUGUACAGUGUGGUACCGGCCUCUGAGUGCUGCACACCAGCCAUGCUCUUCCCUGCCCCUGCGGCCCGCCGAGCUCUCACCUACCUGUCCCAGGUGUACUGCCACAAAGGCUUUGGCAAGGACAUGGCGCUGUACUCACUGCUGAGGGCCAAGGGAGAGCGGGCCUACGUGGUGGAGCCCAACCUCGUGAAACACAUUGGGCUCUUCUCCAGCCUCCGGUACAACUUUCAUCCCAGUCUACUCUAGGGUGCCAAGAAAAGCCUUUGGGAAAUUGGCCACUUCUUGGAGAUUCAAAUAUGGAGCUCUUUCUUUAGACAUGGUUGCUUGCAGAUAUUUCGUUGUUUACUGUUGCUAGGGAUAGAGGCACCGGGACAGCUGAGGAACAUCUGUGAAUCGAGAGCCUUGGCCUUGGUAACUGGCAGGAGCGGUGGUUCAUCACAGAUCCGGACCUCUCUCCCUCCACACAGCCACACUGCCUCAUGCAGGCCGACCCGCCCAUCAAGGGUGCACUGAAAUGCCCGUUGUUUUUGAGCUCUGCUUGGUGAUAGAGCUUGUGACUGCCAAAAAUCUUGUGUACACUGAUAAUGAUUGUUUUAGGAUUUUAAGGGUAGGAUUUGGUGAAAGAUGGAGUCCCUUGAGUUGAUUUAUUUCUCAUUGGGUAUGAGAAUGGAUGUGUGUUUAGAAUAUAUACCAAAUAAGGCAGUAUCAUGUGGGUAGAUUCCACGUGUUUCUUUGACAUAGUGUAAUUAAAAAAAAAAAAAAAACGAGAAAAGCCUCACACUUCCCUGCAUCUU